AUCAACACAGCGAAUGGCAAGUACAUCGGUACAUAGAAAUUUUGAAAACAUUUUAAAUAUUAAGUUUUACUACCAAAUACUUUUAAUAACCGUAUAUCAAAAUAAAAUCAUCUGAUCGUCAAUAGACAUUAAAACUUACACAUUUAAAUCAAUAUGAAAAUUCGUUCUCUCUUCGCACACGAAAAUUUGAACAUUCGCGUGAUUAUCUGACGUACUUUUCAUUAAAUAUGUAUAUGUACUGUAUAUUAUGUACAUAUAUGAUGUUCAUAAUUUCUCUCAAUAUACAUACUAAUGUAAAAUUAUUUUGGACAAAAGAUUAGAAAAAGAAAAAUAUAAUUUUAAAUGAAAAGUUCAAACAAUCAUUAAGGCAAUUACUAUUUAACAAGAAAAGUAAUAAUGUGGGUGUUUGGUUAUGGUUCACUGAUAUGGAAAGCAGACUUUCCUUACGAAGAAAUUCUCGUUGGAUACAUCAAAGGAUAUAUCAGAAGAUUUUACCAGAAAAGUAUAGAUCAUAGAGGAAUACCUAGUAGACCUGGUCGUGUUGUAACAUUACUUAAUUCUGAUAAUCCUAAUGAUGAAGUAUGGGGUGUUGCUUAUAGAAUAUCACCCCAAAAUAUAGAUAAAGUAGUAAAACACUUGGAUUACAGAGAAAAAGGAGGUUAUGAAAGAAAAAGUGUUCUCUUUUAUCCAUCUUAUUCCAUUAAAAAUACUGCACCAUAUUCUUUAACAGAUAAUACUUUUCCAAAUGAUCUUAAAAAUAAAAAACUAUUAUCAUCAGUUUCAGAAAAUAUGCGAUUUUAUAUCACAAUUUACAUAGGUGGUGAAGAUAAUCCAAAUUAUGCAGGUGUAGAGGACAUAUAUACAAUAGCAAAACAGAUACUAGUGUCUCAUGGUCCUAGUGGAACAAAUACAGAAUAUUUAUAUAAUUUGGCAUCUGCAAUGCGAGUAAUAGCACCAGGUAUAAAUGACGAACAUUUAUAUACACUCGAGGCAACUGUGAAAAUGUUAGAGCAAGAAAAAAAUAUGGAAAUGAAAUUGGAUAAAAAUUUAUGUGAUAGUGAGAAUGGAUAAGAAAUGUGUUUUUUUAAUAAUAUAUUUCAGAGCUGAAUAAUGUAACCAAAAGUUUGUACUUAAAACAUUGGAAAAUAGGCAAAUUAUUUGUAUUAUCUGUGUAAUUAGAAAAAAUAAAUAAAACCUUUGUAUAGUAUGAAA